UCGCCCCCCCUCGUUCCAAAAGGUGAUAUCAUCACCUCUGCAUUUUCAUUUCAUUCAAAAAAAACUUUAUACAAAAAGAAAAUAACAAAUUCCAUCUCUCUCUCUCUCUCUCUAGAAAGUUUUCUCUUUCUACCAACGUCUCCAUUUCCGGCCAAAGGAAAUCAGCUCCGAUCACCCUCCGCCGCCGCCGCUUCCGCCUUAAAACCCCUGCGAUUCUCUCGACCCGUGAUUAAUUCGAUGGCUGAUCGUAAGAAUCAAGGAGCGGGGACGAAACCCCAAAUCAACACCAAAAUCAACAACCCUAAUUCGGUUUUCAAUCGGUCGAUGACGGUUAAUUACUCGUCGUCGGAGGCGGCGGCGGCGGCGGCGUCGGUGAACAAGCCGCUGUACAACCUCUCCACGUCGGCGGCGUUCCAGCGCAACGGCUCGAUCAAAAGCCUGUACAGCUCCCCGUUCGGCUCCAUGGUCUCCGCCGGAAAUUCCUUCAGGGGAAAGGUCAGGAAACUCUGCUCUAUUUUCGAAUCCCCAAAACACCCCUCUUCCACCGCGAAUUUACAGACCUCGCCAUUGCCCUCCCCCAAAUCCACACCGGACGCAAUUUCCCAAAAUACCCCCGAUCCCUCAAUCCGCCUCCCUGGAUCGGAGGACAGGAUCGUAAUUUACUUCACCAGCCUCCGCGGCAUCAGGAGAACGUUCCAGGAUUGCCACAGCAUACGCAUGAUCUUCCGAGGGUUUCGCGUAAACGUAGACGAGAGAGAUAUCUCGAUGGACAUCGCAUACAAGAAGGAAUUGCAGAAAGUGCUCGGCCAGAGCAGCUUCACAUUGCCGCAGGUGUUCGUAAAGGGGAAGUACAUCGGAGGAGCCGACGUCGUCAAGCAGUUUCUCGAGACCGGCGAGCUGGCGAAGAUGGUCAAGGGUAUCCCUCUGCGCGCCAUGGGCCCGUGUGAAGGUUGCGACGACAUGAGGUUUCUGCCGUGUGCGAACUGCAGCGGCAGCCGCAAGGUGUUUGAUGAAGACGACGAGCUGGUCAAGAGGUGCUCCGACUGCAACGAAAACGGGCUCGUUCGAUGCCCGCUCUGCUGUUCUUGACCGGCGAAAAUACGUGAGUUGGGAUGUAUUGAUUUUUUUUUUCUUUCUGUGGAUAGUUUUUAGUUGAAUAUUGUGAUGCAAGGAUUAAAACAUAAAAAAAGAAUGCGGUUUCUUUGAUGACAGAGGGAAAAUCGGGUUUUUGUACAUAGUUUGUUUGUGUGCCGAACUUAGGUGAAUUGAAUUGUUCGUUCGUUCACCUUGGUGGUUGGUCUUUUUUUUUAAUACCUUGUAUUGUAUUGAAAAUGUAAUGAUAAACUAUACCAUACUGAAUAUUUAACAAGAUCCACCAAUUUGACUAAAUACAAUCUUGAUA